AUGACUUCUCGGAAGAGAAAGCAGGAGGAAGAGGAGGAAGAAGAGCUCGUUGCUCUACCCAGCGACGAAAGCGAAGAGGAAGAGGAAUAUAUAUCGGAAGGCGAUGAAGAUGACGGUGCCGAUGAUGUUGAGGACGACGAAGAAGAAUAUGACGAAAUAGUCGAGCCUGAGGAGGAAGAGGAAGAGAAGAAUGGUGUAAAGCUAGCACCAGUUCAAGCUCAGCCCGAAGCCCCUCCAAAGAAGAAGCUGAAGACAGCAAAUGCCCCAACCGAGCCUAUUCCCGUCGUCAAGAAUGGCGAAGAGGAGGGCGAGGAAGAGGAGUUCGAUAACGACGAUCUUGAGGACGAGGAUAACUUGGAGGAUGUAGAAGAGGAAGAGGAAGAGGAAGAGGAAGAGGAAGAAGGAUAUGAUGACGAAGAGGAUGUCGAUGAUGACGAGGAGAACGGCGUCGACGAACCCAAGAAAUUAGGCAUCGACGUCGAUCUGCCUACCAAUGGCAAGACCCAUGCAGUGAAAGAAGUUGCUGCUAACGGCGACGAAGCCGACGACUGA